AUUUCUCGUAGACGGGUACAGAAAUUUAUUGAAGGGACUAUGAAGGAUGAGGAGCAAACAAAAAAGUUCGAAGUAAACGUCAAUAACGAUAAAUUGGAAGCUUUAAUUGACUCAGCAAAGAACGUCAUAUUGCCGACAUGGCUUUUCCGAAUAUUUUGGAGCAGACUGGUGAAUUUCUCGUUACGAAUUGGCGCUUAUCCAUUUUUGGCAUGCAUCAUUCAAAUGUGUUUAUGUGCUUUGUUACAGGAGCUUAUGUAUGCUGCUCCGUCAUCGUCUGGAACUGAGAGUAGUGAGGGGUUGCCAAAUCAUUCCAAAGAAGUGGAUUAUCCUCGUCCGUGUGAUAUUUGUUGUCCGACGGUAGUUAUUUCUGACCGCUUUGAGUUCUCACGGCAUCUGAGAAAUGUUCAUUCAGUUAAGGAGGGAGGCUCUUAUAUUUGCAGGUACGGGCCGAACGGAAUAUGCCAAACGUUACCGCUUGAAGGAGUUUCGGAUCAUGAUUAUGAGGCACAUCUUCGGAAGUAUCAUGUAAACGCAGGUUUUAAAGAAUGUUGCUGGAGUUGUUUUAUGCAAUUUACCAGAUCAAUUUUUAGUUUCACACAAAAUCUUGCUUCCGUUUUAUCUGAUCCUUCGCGCUCUCGUAGCGAAAGACUUGCCUUUUUUACAAGACACUGGGGAGAAUCGUUUAUCCCAAAAACACGUGUUUCAUCAUCUCCAUCUUUGCCGAAUAUAACCGUUGACCAUUUUAAAAACUAUUUGGCAACGACCGCUAAGGUGCGAAAUAUGUAUUUGUUUUUUCACGCUUCGCGUAUUGCUUCCAAACAGCUGUAUUUUGUCGUUGAGAAACACCGCUCGUACUUGAAGGCACGGCGAGCAUUAUUGAGAACUUUAGCUCGGCACGACGAGAAUAAAAGGAUUGAUGCUGACGACAUUCCAAAGAUUCUUCUUGAUGUUCACUUCUCCCUCGCUGAUUCAGAAACGUUUGAAGCCAUUUUCUUGGAACCGAAUCUGGAACAGCCAGAUCGGUUACUAGUUGAAGGUAUAACAUCCGGUUCCGUCCCUCGUUGUGACAGCGCAGCCUCUUUAACCCCUAGUUUAUCGGAGGACGCUCGGAUUUCAGCGGUAUUUGUAAUUCUUCUUAGAGUGAUCUUGAAGCAAGAACCUUUUGAAGCGGGAAACGGGAGAUAUUUCCGGCGAUACGCUUCCUUACAAAAUACCCUUGAGUAUUUCCACGACUUGGUGGACUCUCGUUUAAAUAACCAGUUGGCGGCAAAAUCUAGUGCUUUCUGGAAAACUGUAAUCUCUUAUAGUAAUUUAUAUGGCGAGCUAGCUGAUGCUCGACGGAAAGUUGCUCGCGUAAGGGGGAGCUUGAAGAGUGUUGAUGAAAAAGUAUACAAGCACAUGACGAGGAUUAUGGAGCUGUCGUGUGCCAGGGAGCAGCGUAAACGACUUUUGCAGAAACUUCAAGACAUAGCUUGUCUUCGUGACGCUCAACCAACUGUUCAGAUGCUUCUGAAUCAGAACGAUUAUCCGAAGGCAUUAGAAUGUAUAGAAACAGCACAAGAUGUUCUGUGCCAUGACUUAAGAGGCGUUGCUUGUUUUAGGCAUUUGAGCACGCAGCUGCAAGAGCUAUACAAAGUUAUUGGGCGUAUGUUGCAGGAAGAAUUUAUCGCUUUAAUUCAAAAGGAAUUUGGCAGGUCGUGUGAAAAUGAGAAUGAUGUGUUCUAUCAAGAGGCACAGCUAAAUCCAGUCAUUUUGGGUCUUUUGAGAGUUCAGGAGUACAAAUUUGUCCAUGUACUCCAACAUGAAAUUGUGGAGGCUGUCAAAAAUACGAUGCGACAGGUAAUGAAAACUGUUUAUUUUUUUUCAUAUUUCAACCGAGAAAUAGAGAUAAUUACAGUCAAGUCACACGUGGUUAAGAAUUUGGCUGCAGAUCAAAUAACAGAAUAUGACCCGUCAAUUGGUAAUUUGAGUAGCCAGAUGAGAAGAUUGGAUUUCACGCAGUGGUCUGCUGCUCUAAAACAUGUCUUGAGCAUCCUUUUUUACACUUGUAGAAAAGUACAAAGUAUUCAAGAACUGAUUAUUGAAAAUAUCGAUCAGUUUAUUCAUCUUUAUAAUGGAGAUCAAACAGCGUCACAUCAGUCAGAGAGGUAUAGUUCGGGUGGAGUAUCGCAAUUGUCCACUGGUGUUUCAAAUGUCGAGGGACCUAACAGCGAAACAGUAGCGCUGCAGGAUGAGGACGAUGAUUUUAUAGGGGAUGAUUUUUCUGGAGAUUUGCCUGAAACUUCGAAACGCUUACCCGCAGUCCCAGUCUCCUGUACGCCUGAUUCUUCGAGCGAAUCACGUUUGGGGCACAGCUGUUCUACAACUUCUUUUGCUUCUUGUGCGCAGGAGCAGUUGCUUAUGGAUAAAAAAGUUGGGGAGUUGACGUUAACCAGUGAAUGCAGUCGUGUUUCUACUGCCCCAACACCUGCUGCAGUACUUUCAAUGCCGUGUCGGAAUUUGUUUCAAGUACGACAAGCGAUCACCCUCUUGUUAGAGCACGCUAUUUAUGCUUGUCAGGAGCGUAGUUGUAGACUUCUCGUUGCAAGAUCUAAGGACGGAUUCCUUGAGCGGUUACCCGUAAAUGAGUUUCAUAGUGUAGUACAAUUAACAGAAGCUUUUGUCAGGGACUGCCGUCAGCUUGCUGGUCAACCGGAACAAUACGGGUCACCUCUGCGCAUAUGCAUAACGCAGCAGUGUAGUGCUUUUAUCAAAAGAUUUCACGAAGAUCGUAAGGGAAAGCUCGGCAUUAUAUUGGACUCGGAGAAUUGGCGUUCGACUCAGGUACCUGAACAUUAUCAACGAUUAGUAAAUGAAUGCUGUGCAACAGGAAAGCUUCACGAUAUUCCCAAUACUGCUGAAAACGAAUUUUCACUAAAGACUUCUUUAAACGUUGACGGCGAGGAUUAUGUUGUCGUUGGUGCAGCGCUAUUCCUCUUAGAAAUGCUAGCUCAGUAUUGCGAUGUUGUUACUGUUUUACCUGAUUAUUCGUCCGAAUUGCUAAUGUACGUUGUGGAGUUGUUGAAGAAUUAUAACAGUCGUAGUUGUCAACUAAUUCUUGGCGCUGGUGCUUUGCAGUUAAUUGGACUGAAAUCGAUUAGUGUUCGUCAUCUUGCAUGGAGAAGAUUUCAUUUAAAUUUUAUAGCUUUGUCGUCGAGAUGUCUUCAACUUAUUCUAAGGUUUGUACCCUACGUAAAAUCUGAAUUUGAAAGUCAUCUGAAUGAAGAAAAGCAAAACUUGAUGCGUCAUAUAAUCAAAGUGACUCGAGACUAUAAGGAUCACAUCCAAGAAAUAACAAACAAGCUUAUCAGCGUUAUUGAUCAUCAUGUGGUUACACAGUUAAAAAUGUGGGACUUAAAGGGUCCUGUUCCUUCACUUACAUUUCAACAAAUCUGCAAACAGCUUGGUCGAUUUUACAACGGACUGUCUGGUAUAAUGCCCGAGUAUAUGAUAAAGGAGUUAUUUCAACAAGUUCACGAGAAUUUUAAAACAAAUUUAAAAGAGCAGCUGGACUUAAUGGGUGUAACUCCGCAUGAUUCGCUUACUUACGGGCUUGCCAGUCAAGAAUAUCUGUAUUAUAUCAAGAGUUUGCAGUCCAUGCCUUGUUGUGCUGACUGGAAGGAGGAGACAAUAAGUGAAUCUUUGUUUGCCACUACUUGA